AUGGGUUCUGGGUGCUUGUAUAUAGACGAGGAAAUACGGCGUAUUUUAGAAGGAAGUGAAGACGAAGAUUUCAGUGAUGGAAGUGAUGACAUGUAUGAACCUACAAGAGAGGAGCAUGAUGAAUCUGAAGAUGAAGAGGAAAAUAGCCAAAUUGAGGAGCAGCAAGUGUGUGAAACUGAGACCAAUCAAGAUCCGACAUGGGUGGAAUAUAUUCUGCCCAUCGGAAGAGAAACUUUUAUAGGUUCUUCUGGUUUGCAAAAUACUCUAGUUAUUAGAAAUCAAGACGGUUCAGUUGCAAUUGAAAAAAUUAUGGAGUAUUUCGUAUCUGAUGAAAUUUUUCAUUGCAUGGUAGAAAAAACAAAUUCAUACGCUGAACUGCUGAAAAGGGUGCGCACGAAGCAAUUCUCUAGAAUGUCUCGUUGGGUUGAUGUUUCUAUUGAAGAAAUGAAGAAAUUUUUCGCAGUCAUUCUUUAUAUGGGGGUAGAUAAGAAACCUUCCAUCGAACACUAUUGGAAAAUGGAUCCCUUGUACUAUUGUGAUUUUAUUCACAAAAUUUCAAUGUCCUAUAAUCGCUUUACAAAUAUACUACGUUGUUGGCAUUUCGAAAACGUGCAACCUGAUAAUAGUGAUGUUUUGUACCGGAUACAACCUUUAGUAGAUAAAAUUAUAGCAAAAUUUCGUGAACUAUAUACGCCAAGUGAUACUAUCGUCGUCGAUGAGUCUCAAAUAAAACACCAAGGACGACUCAAAAUAAAAACCUACAAUCCAUCCAAAGCGCAUAAAUAUAGUAUAAAAGUUUACAAAAUGUGUUCUACUAAUAGUUAUACAUGGUCCUAUUCUAUUCAUGCGGGAUCUGGAUCGGCUAUUGAAGGAUUGGAUAAACCAGGAUCUGUUGUGGUGAGGCUAUGUCAUCCACUUCUAAAUGAAGGUAGAUUGAUUGUUGCCGACAACUACUAUACCGGGAUAGCUCUAGCUAGAUACCUAAAGGAUAGACACACAGAUUUAUGUGGAACUUUGCGAAAAAACAAAGUAAAUUUGCCUAAAGAUAUCAUAUAUAUAUAA